GCUGUUUCCCUUUUUUGUUCACAUUCGCAUUCCCAUUCUCAUCUGCAUGCCCGGCAUGCCUCCGGCUGCCCCGUCGUCCCCCACUGCCUCGGCAAAGCACAAAUCCUCCUACGCCGCAGCGGCCACCACUUCGGCAACAUCCACCGGCCCGGUCUUGUCGUAUCAUGCCCAUCCUCUCAACCCCCGUUCCUCCAUCACCAUCUCCAGGGAAGGCUCACCCUCCCCCCGCACCUCCACGUCCGCUCUCCAUAGACCCACAUUUGUGCACGCCACAACGUCGUAUGCCGUAGCGGCUGCUGCGGGCUCAUCAGCGGCGGGCUCGUCGAGCGCCAGCGGCCAUGGGAGCAGGGGCGAAAGUCGAGGAGGGAGCGCCAAACCCUACAAUGAGGAUGAAGGGUACCGCAAAGAGGUGUCAGCCUACUAUCCGCCCGAAUUCCCCCAUUCCCACGGGCCAUAUCCUUACCCCCACCACCAGUACACCCCUUUUUCGCAGCCAGAUAGACUAGAUGCUGAAACGAGCGUUCUGGAUCGUCUGAGAACGGCCGUCAAAAAGAUGUUUGGAGGAAAUGACAACAGGGAGAGCAAGCUGGCCUGUUUACAAUGUAGCAAUAGCGAAGAAGGCGGGGAGCUGGGCAGGGCAAUGAUGUUCGGCUGGGUCAUCACGACGGUCGGGUUCUUCCUGGCCAUUGCUUUCUGGAGAGGAGAGUUGUUUCGGGCACUUGACAAGCUGUCGCAUUAUCUGGCAGAGCAGGGGAUAUACGGACACUUGACAUUCUACGUUCUCAUCUUCAUCACGACCAUACCGCCCCUGCCGCUGUACUCAACAUUCAUCAUCUUGUCAGGGUACACCUUUGGUGUCUGGCAGGGUUUCGUGGUGUCCUACCUGGCAAGUCUGUCAGGAGCAAUCGUAGUAUUCUUAGUAUCGAGAAAGAUGCUUAGAGAUACCAUCGUCAAGAGUCUCGCAUCUUCAUCUAUCUCCAUGUCUCUUCUACAUAUUCUGCCUACUCAUCCGCACCUAUUGCUGCUUAUCCGUAUAGCACCCUACCCUUACAACCUCCUCAACGUCAUUCUCGCAUCGUCACCCACCCUCACCCUGCAGACCUAUGUGGGCUGUACCGCCGUCUCUCUGUGCAAGCUGGUUCUUCACACAUGGAUCGGAAGUGGGAUACAUGACUUGUCUGAGAGCUAUGGUCAUAGUCAGAGCAAGGGCCAGGAGGGAUCCAAGGAGGGAGAUGGGGCGGAUGGUCAGUGGCCACAGGAUCCCAAUGGUGUUACGGGACAGCCGGCUCAAGAAGGCGAUACGCAAGCAGCCAAAACAUGGACCACCUGGGCUGGCAUUGUGCUCUGCAUCGCCCUCUUCUUCUACCUCAUGCACUUUGCAAAGCGGGCCAUCAAAAAAGCGCAAGCUGAGCAGGCGGAAAUGGAAGAGCGGGAGCGUGAGGAACGCGAAGGGUUGACGGCUGUAUCUGCUCGGCGAGAGAGCGAGAGAGAGGAAAUGGUGUGAACGUAGUUGUAUCUGUACGGACAGUGGUUGUGUUUGGUGACUAUUGGUGAAGGAAUCAUGCAUGCCGGAUAACGGUUUUUUAUAAAUAA